AUGAGUACUUCGGAUCUUCGAUAUCCUGCUGCAAGUGGUGGCGAUAGUUCAAUACCACCUGUUGUCACACCACACUAUGGUUCUUCGUUGCCAAAUCCUCCCAGUGAUGUCAGCCAGGGCCGGCCGACACGAUGCGCAACAGGUGUACGUUUCCUUAAAACUAUCCACGGCAUCUUAAACAUCGUGAUCAUUGUUGCUCUCGUUUGUGUUAUCAUCAGUGCUGGUGUGGUCAGUUCUGGCGAGGCCAGAGCAGCUGAUGAUGUUGAUGGUGAUACAUCUGCUAAAGUCAGUGCGUUUCAUACACGAAAUGCUGUUCUCGUCUUCUCCAUCUUUGGUCUUAUUGCUAUGCUUUUCGAUACUAUUAUUCAUGUGACAAAGCUUGUCCACCGUUUACCUGCUAUAUUCGAUAAAAUUUUCAUCAUUGUAAUGUUGGUCCUUGCUGGUAUCUAUCUCAUUCUCGGAUGUUGUGCUGCGGCAUGGGAAAAGAAAAUGCGAGACAAACUAGGACCACUGGAUGCGCUAAGCCAUAAAGGUGCUGCUGCAUCAGCUGCGUUUUUUCUCUUCGUCACUAUGAUCGCCACUAUUGUCGAUUUUGUUUUACGGCUACUCAAUCGAUCAUCAUCGCAAAGUUAUAAUCCUUCUUCUAUUAUAAAUAGGCAUGCGUACAAUGAUGAUUCGCAUGCAGAUGCUUCGCCGAGAUUUUGA